UCUGGGCACUGUUUCCAUCUCUUUUUCUGCAAAGCAGGUAAAAUGAGAUUUUUUAUUUGGGGAGCGGGGACAUAGAGAUUAUGUGUUUACAAAAAACAGCGGCAUUCUUUCAGGAAUGUAACACUGAAGUGGGAGGCAGGGCUUGAAAAAUGAGACUGUGACACUGAACAGAGGUCAUAAUAAUCGGAGUUAGUCUGCUGGGGGAAGGGCCGCUUCACUUACAGAAUGUAUUCUGAACUGUACCUGUGACAAACAGGUUGCCUUGAACUGAAAGAUUGUUAAAGAGGACUUCCCAAUCAUAAUCUAUAGAGUUUGCUGUCAGCUUCUGAGACACUCUAGGAGGACUUAUGGACAUGCUUCUGGAAAAGAGUGUUGAAGAGAAGACCUGUGCUGUGUUAUAUGACUGCUGAUGGCCUAAACUUGUGAGGAUGGAGGAACCUACAUGAUCUCAACAACUUCAAGGAAAAAAAAGUCAAUAUAAAAGACUGAGUGGAGCGAGACACCAUUUUAGUAUUUCAGUGAAUGCAUCUGCUGUCUGAAUGACCCAGCUACCAAAGGGGAUUGGCAUGGCCUGUGGAAGACAACUGUAUUCCCUGCUAGAAAACAAAUACAACAAGAUCCACCGCUCACAGAGUCAGGAACAAGAUGACAGCACUAUUCUGAAGGAUUAUCUGAGUAAUAGACAACCUAGUUUAGGCAAAGCCAAUGCCUUUAGUAGCCGUUGCUCAACUGACAUGCCACUCAUGCAGGGUUUGACUUUUCAGAAAGAUCAGCUGCAAGCCUGGAAAACCAUCCCUGGCAUGUCACAAAGUAAUGUCUCUAGGACCAUAAAGGAUGAGUUUCAAUCUAAGGCAGAGUCUGUUUUGAAUGGGUCAUGCACUUCCUUUUUGAACCAACGUUUCAUACCCAAGGCCAAUGUGCAGGCUUUGAAAAACCAUGCUGUAGAUUCAGUAAGUAGUAAAAGUGAGUUAGCAAUGCAUCUGAAGAGUUCAGGAGUUGCAGCUGUUCUGAAACCGACUGACUGGCAUGGAGAACCCAAAAGGUUGCCUUCAAGUAUUUUGGGCACAAGAAUUUCAGAAGGCAAGCCUCUUGUUCUUCCAAGCCCUCAGAAGAGGGCCUCUUAUUGGCUGGCACGUGCUUUAAAGGGACAAGACUGUGACUCCAGCCCCACGAUUAGUAUGAGUUUAAUGAAGACCUAUACCAACAGAUCACACUUUCUUAAAGAAGAAACCAUAGAGACCUCCAAUACAGAGCCCAUAGAUCUCAGUAAGAAGGUUGAUCAUACUAAAUUGAUUGGCCCCUUGUCACCAAACCAGAAAACAGAAGAAAAAGAUGUAAUCAUGAGAAAAACUAUUCACAACAGACAUUCAGAGACAGCUAGUGAAGAGCUAUGCAGUUCUAACACUGAUGCAUCAAAAGAUUCUGGACCUGCAGCUCACUCCACUCAGGAAUCAGAGAGUGGGGAGGGGGUUCAGUUUGGAAAAUACCUUUUAAUCGAUAGUCGAGGGAUGCCGUACACUGUUUUUAUGGAAGAGUCAAAACCAAAAAAGAAGCUUCUUGAUCCUUUGCCGAGCCCUGUAUACACUGUACUGAAGUCUGCUUUGCCCAAGAAUGAUUAUACUUGUCCUGUGUGUUUGCGCAAAUUCAGUUAUCUCUCAUAUUUACAGAGACACAGUAUUACCCACUCUGAACAGAAACCGCAUGUCUGCAAAGAAUGUGGCAAGUCUUUUAAACGCACUUCACACUUAGAGCGGCACAAAUAUACUCACUCUGGGGAGAAGCCUUACCAGUGUGAAAUCUGUCAAAAGAGCUUUCGGGAUGCUGGUGAAUUGCUGCACCACCAGCGGGUCCAUACAGGAGAGCGUCCUCACCAGUGUGAUGUGUGUCACAUGCGAUUCAGUGAAAAGCAUGCCCUGCAACGACAUAUCCGACGGAAACACCUAAAACAGCUCUCUUUGCAAUAGUUCUAUGACAUCCCUGAUCAUUGUACAUUUCAAGCAUGUCAGACUGAUAUGUUCCAGACAUUUAGGCACAGAUGAACAUAGGAUGUGCAACUUAUAUUCUGUGACAAAAUUUUAGAAACUGAACAUUACUUUGACCAGAUGGGUUCACUACUGUUGUUUGUCACUGCUUUAGUGAAUUUACACAGUUUGACCUGGAAGUAGGAGCUACUGACCUCUGCAUAAUGUCUGUCUAGUAGCUGUUGUUGAUGUUAAGCCUUGAUAACUUGUAGAAGUAACAUAAAGAGGCACAACUCAAGUAUAACCACUCUUUCCUCUGGAGUGCAGUGUCACCCAUGUUGGUUGUUUAGUGGUGUAGCAUAAUUUGAGGGGAGCAUGAGUUAGAGAAUGAACGUGGUAGUAGAAUCUGCAGGUCAUCAUGCUGUCCGGUGCACCUAAUUUUUGGUUAACAUAACCAGAUUAGGAAACCCUAAUAUAGGCUUCUUCCUGUGACUUUAUUGCUUUCUAUAAAAUGGUCAAAAGAUUUAAAGCAGUCAGAGCCAUACUUAUGAAAGGUAGCUAGCACAAGUCUGAUGUAAGAAAGCCCAUAUACAGCACACAGUUCAUUUUUUAAGUAAACAGUAUGUCUCCUUUGUGGUAUGCAGAAGAAAGUUGUAACACUUGGCUAAGACACAGUAUGCCCCUAACGUGCCACCUGUCUUUAGCAACACAUGAGCAGUUAAUUACAUAAACCAUGUUUUGUACUCAUUAUUUAUUCCCAGUAGCUCCAGGGACAAUGCAAAUGUGAUACCUAUAGAACUUGGGUUUAACCUCAUAACCAUACCUGUCCAACUUUUAGUGCUGUAUCUCUGCAUUUUCUAUAGAAAUGAAUGAUCCCUGUGUACGUCUACAUUUCCAUAGAGCAACUUGUGUUAUGCCUGUAGUGUUUGGAUUGUCCUGUAAGCAGCAGUGUAGAGAUGUAGUUAUAGAUGUCCACCCUUGUCCUUAAACCCUGUCACUUCACCAUUUUUGAGUGGAUAGGAAAGUGAUGCAGAUUUUAUUUCGAAGGGGUCCUCCAUAGUGGUAAAAUACUGGGGUACAUCCUUCCUAUGCUUCUCACUUGACUCUUAAAUGCCAUGACCUCACAAUCAUGGUGGAGACAUGCAUCAUCUGGCUCACUUGUGGGCUUGGGGCAUGCUCACUACAGUGGUUCCCAGUUCUUUUCAGCUGCUCAUGUACUUUGCAUUUCAUGCUGCUGUUAUUCCCAUGGAAAGUUCCUGUACUCAUUGCCCAAGAAGCUUAUUCCUGACAAGCAUGGCUUGCUUACAUAACCUCAUGGUAGGUUAUGAAUUAUUCCUUAAAUGGGAACACACUGAUGUAGGUCUUGAUUACUUUCUGAAUAUCGGAGAGGGACAGCAGGGGAUGCUGCAGGCCGCAUGACCCUAAAUAGGCAACAUUGUGUCUUUAUACUCCAGAAAGCUUCUCCAUAGGAUGUGCCCGGGAGAAAUUGUCAGUGUAACAAUUAAAAACAAAAAAAAGUCUCUGGACAAACUCUGUAGAGUUGAGCUUUUAUUUUAAAACUACAUUUCAACAUAUUAUCUAAAGAAUUUUUAAAAUGAAGGUUCAACUUGUAACAAAGGAAAUUUAGAGAUGACCUCCAUGAUGUAACUUUGGAAACAUAAAGUAUAAUAUAUACACUGAGACACAAGGUAUUUCCAAUAUCUUUACAAACAAAUUUACAAACAGUUUCAGCACAUUGGUAUGUAUGGCCACUAGUUUACUGCCCCCAGACAGUGACACUGUCCCAAACAUAACUCAUGAUCAUACUGAAGCAGCCAUGAUUAAAAUCAAAACACCACUUUUACAAACCCAGAUAACAUCCUGGGUAGAUGUUCUUCAUCUCACAUUGCU